CCAGUCGCAGCCCGCCCGUACCAUGCUCUCCAUCCUUGUCCCGCCGGCCACGGGCGGCUUCCCCUCGGCCCUUGCGCUGCGCCAGGACUCCUCGGGCUCCUCUGGCUCUUACCACACCGCGCCAGGCUCGCCGGAGCCCCAGGGGCCGCGCCCCGUCCUGGACGGGGCGGACGAUGACGGGGGCAGUGGAGUUCCUGGGCGGGGGCAACCGGCAACGUUUGCGGGCCAGAACGCCAGGGUCCCUGGCGGGGGGGCGGGCCAAGCCAGGAGCGGGGGCUCGCAGCUUCGCCUGUCCAUCAGCGCCCAGAAUAGCCGCCAGGAGCCUGGAUCCGGUUUCCCCAAGAGGCCGGGACAGCGCCCGAGCCCUUUCCAGCUCCGCACCCUGCCGUCGGGGGAGAUGGAAGUGAUCUUUACAACCGGGCCCCUAGGUGGGACUCCCGUUCAGUCCCCCAGCGUCUCGGACGAGGCGGACAGCGAGGUGCAGCAGCUCACCGCGCUCAGCUUGCAUGAUUUGUCCCGCCCUCAAGGCCCUUACCUCGACGUGCAUAGCCCCAGCGCGCAGGCCUCCUCCAGCCCAUCCCCAGCUCUCUCUGACAGCAGCAACCAAGCAGACCGCUGGGCCACUUACCUGGACCUGCGUCAGGAGGCUGAAUCUUCUGCCUCAAGACUUCCAGAACCCCCCGCCACGUCCGGGAGAACCCAGUUCGAGUGCGUGGAGGUUGCACUUGAAGACCAGGCAUCCCCGACUACGCAGAGAACUGUCCCCAAGAGGCAGAUAGAGCUGAGGCUGAAGCCGAGCCCUCCGGAGCUGGAUUCAGCUGGGACUAAUGGGGUCCCCAGGCGCAAACUGUUUCAGCGAACCGGUUCGCUGGACGAGUCUCUGACACGCCUGCAGGCCGCCUCCAACCUCGUGCAAACAGCACUGGCCAGGAAGCUGCAGACCGAGCAGACACUGCGCCCAGAACAGUCAAGCCCAGGGGGCGGAGCUCAGCCCAUCCAGACCCCGCCAGGUCCACGGCUCCGUUCCGACUGCGAUACCCAGAAGCCGGCGGAUUGGCCCCUGGCUUGGCCUGAGGCCCGGGAGAGCGAGGCCCCAACUAGACGUACUAUACGAAGCCCUCGAAGAGACUCAAAGGAGCUCAAGCCCAGAGGGACCUCUCAAGCCGGACUUCCCCCAAGAGAUACGGCGAAGGAGGCACCCCUGCCCCCAGUCAAGCCUGCGGGAUUGCGGGCCCCAGACGGGGUAGUUUCUAUUAGAGUACCGAGGCCCUGGCCCAGUCUUCGAGAGCGAGCUAUUCGUCGGGACAAACCAGCCCCCGGGACAGAACCACUCGGUCCCGUGAGCUCCAGCAUCUUCUUGCUGUCGGGGGAGAAGUCCCAAGAAAUUUCUGAGUCUCGGUCCCGCAAAGAAUGGGGCCAGCAGCCGAAAUCUCUGCCUCCGAGGAGGACUCCAGAGGAUCGGGUGAUCCAGGAGACUGCCAGUCUGUCUUCCCAGGAGACUUGGGAUCCCACCGUUCAGGCGACGCCGAUUCUGGCUAUGCAGGAGGCUCCCAAUGAAGCGCUCCAGGAGGCAACAUCUACGCAGUCAACUCAGGAUCUAACUGUGAAGGGACCUCAGAUUUCACCUACGCUGGAGACUACAGUUCCAGAUACUUCGGAGCGCAGAGACGCCCCCGCUCUCUCCGGCAGAUCCCGAAUGACAAUUCCUCGACCUCGGGACGUACGGAAGCUAGUGAAGAACACCUACUCGCUGAGUUUCCCAGCUGCCGCCAGCUCCAGCCUGGGACUGCCUGAGCCUCCUUGCGCUCCCGGGGGCCCCAGCGAGGAGAGCGAGGCUCCGCCGGGACCCCCCGAACCCCCUGCGCCUGUUCACUACACUUCUACUUUCCAGAAGAACUUCCUGCCAGUAGUGACCCAUCCCUUUGAAGUCCCAGAGCCGCCGACCACUGGGGGAGUGGGAGUAAGUGACUCCGCUCCCCUUAGCCCCAGCGGGGCCCCUCAGGGCCACCAACCUCCCCAGCCUCAGCGCCAGUCAACGGGCCACGAAGAAGGAGAUCCGACCCCGCGGAGGAAAGCAGAGAACAAUACAGCCAAGCCUUUUGCUCGUAGCGAGAUCCGCCUGCCGGGAGCCCUGUGGUUGUCCAGGAAGCCAGGGGUCAGGGCGCAGCCUGAGUCCAGCACAGAGAUCAGCCGUGUUUCCUCAGGGUACAGUCCUCAGACCCAGCGCCUCCUUCCUGAAGGAGAGGUCCAGGCCAAUACCCUGGGACCUCCCCCUAUCCCCAAGGAACCAAGAGAGAGGCCAGAGGUGGAAACACACUGUCCACCUCAGUGGCCAGGGGCUGGGCAGACACCUAGCUCCUUGACAGGGCCCCCACAUCCAAAUCUCAGGGGCUCCCUCAACCUGGGGUCCCCACACUCUGACCAGGCCAGUUCCCUGGCCCUACAAGCCCAGAGCCUAGAGCCCGGAGCCAAACCCCAGCCAGGCCUGGCUGGGACCCAUCCCUCAGGGAACCAGAUUACAGCCAAACCUGCUUCCCUAUCCCAGCCCAGGGCAGCUUCCGCACCUCCUAUGACCCAGGUCCUUGACAGCCCUUUCCGGGGCCGGGGUAGGGGACUUCGGAACUCUGGAACCACUCCAUCAGGGAAGGUUCUGGUAGAUCCAGAGAGUGGUCGCUACUAUUAUGUGGAGACGCCCAAAUCUCCUAGGUUAAAGUUGCUCUUUGACCCAGAGAGUGGUCAGUACUUAGAAGUUCUUGUUCCCCCUUCCCCAGCAGGGGCACCCCUCUUGCCAAUCAGCACUAGUUGUACCCAGUGCCAGCAGGGGGUCCUCUGUUUUCUUCGUGGCCUGACUCCCCUUAACUGUAUCUGGGCUGAGAGCUCCUGGACCUGCUGCUCCUGUUGCAGACGUGAGGUCCUGCAGGAGGUCGGUUGUUGA